AUGGCUCUUGGCCAUUCAUCACCUAGUCCACCAACAUUGAAGUCUCAGAGGAGACCCAGCGAAGAUGCCAUAUUGUCAAAGGUGGCCGGUCCCAGCACAAUACAAGUUGUAACAACGCCCUUAUCUCCACAGCCUAUGCCCGCUUACGCCAGCAAGUGGCAAGAUGCCGUAAAAUCUACCAAUCGUUUCCGGGAGUCGUCUGUGCUGGAGAUCGAGCGUACCAUGAAACGAUGGUUUACCGACGCAAGAGAUCGCGGCUUAGGACGCAAAACUGCCAGAUGUCGGCGCGAAAGUGUGAUGGGAAGAAGAUUGUUCGUUAGAUUCACAUUGUAA